UGGGGUUCGGGGAAUUGGAUGGAAAACAGCGGACAUGGCAAUAGGCGCAGAUUAAAACGAGACACAGCCACGGCGGCAGCAAGACGUUAGCUGUCACAGAAUGCCCUAGCAAGCAAAGAAUGCUCCAGCGUUGACACUGAGCAUUGAGUUAUUUGUGCCACUGAAUGGAAGUUCCGUUUUGCAAACAUCAUUUGUCAUAAUUCUGCACACCCAUAUGCGAUAAAAAAUGCCAGCCGGACUGAACCAGCAAGCCAAUGGAAUAACUCUCUCCGAUACUAUGGGGUCAUUCAAGAGGAGGAAGAGGAAGUCCAUUGUGGUGACGGCGGCGCUUUUCGUGGUGUCCCUGCUCAUUCUUACCAUCGGGCUGGCUGCCACCACCAGGACACAGAACAUCACUGUCGGAGGAUACUACCCAGGAGUCAUACUGGGUUUUGGCUCUUUUCUCGGAAUCAUUGGAGCCCAUUUGAUAGAAAACAAGCGGCAGAUGCUGGUGGCCUCCAUUGUGUUCAUCAGCUUUGGAGUGGUGGCGGCCUUCUGUUGCGCCAUUGUGGACGGUGUGUUUGCAGCGAGGCAUAUUGACCUCAGACCUUUCUACGCAGGUCGGUGUGAAUACUACUCUAGCGUGACAGCAUUUGACCGGGAUGUCCACUGUCAAACAGGCCCUCGCGUGUCCUGCAGCUUGCGUGUAAAAAGCAACACGUGCUACUGCUGCGAGCUCUACAACUGCGGCAAAGAACAUCCUCUUUUGGGACGUCAAAAUAAAGAGGUUUUGAAAAAAUAUAAGAAAUCAUCCCUGAUUUGGAACCGUGUGGAGCUGAUGGGAGGGUACCACGAGUACACGGAGGUGCAGAGCUGUCAGGAUGUGGUGCAUCUCUACCACCUGCUGUGGACCGCCACCAUCCUCAACAUUGUGGCCCUCUUCCUGGGAAUCAUCACGGCUGCCGUGCUGGGCGGGUUCAAGGACAUGACUCCUACAUCCGCCCCUGACAGCCGUGAGGCAAACCCCAUUCCUGUCCCGGUCCCUUCCGAGGCCCCGGCUCCUACCACCUCCUAUAACUCCUAUUACAACAGCGCCCCCUGCCUGCCCCCCUAUACAGCCUAUGACCUGCAGGCACCCAACAUGUUCCCAGACUCCUCAGGUCUGUCCGAUGACUCCCAGUCUGGGGCCAGCUCCAUGUGGCCCACCCAGAUCCCGCCCAGCUACUCUCCCCCUUACUACCCCCCUGACGACAAGCCUCCACCUUACAGUCCUUAAACGGCCAGCUGAUGGGAGCGUUUCUACAUGCCCCUGGAUGACUGGCAUGGCCCUAGGGGGUCAGGGGGUUAGCCCUUCAGGGGUGAGAUCCCCAAACAGUGAACCUUCCCUCCUUCUUAGUGUCUACAUAGUGCUGAGUGCAUGUGUGGGCCUUUGUAAUAACUGUUGCAGGCACUCUGGCACUGUGUCCAAGCUGUGAGGGUUUUUCCUGCGCUGUGACUCUUCAGAACCAGCACAGCCCAAGCCUCUCUGUGCAUUCGGUGACAUGGGGAAAGGGCCGGGGCCACAGAUGUGACCAUAGCAUCGCGCUGCAGAGAGAAUUCAUCACAGGAAGGGCGGAAGCAAACUGAAAGAUUGCCUUUGUGAUGGUGUUUCCGUGGCAUGCUGAAUGACCUUGGGGCUCAAAUCUGAUGAAGCUCGAAGGGAAGGCAACGACCUCUUGUACUGCAAUCUCUCUGCCUGCCGAGUUGUAUCAAACGCUCCUGUGAAGCUCUCGGCGAUGCCAGGACCAAUCUGCCUUAACAUCCGUCAGCUUCCACAACCGCAUCUCUGGGCCUGGGCUAGAUGGCACCACAGCUCAGUUAAAGAAAUCUCCAUGGAGAAUCUACAAGGUCUCUCUGCAGCUCUCUUCCAUAUUUCUCUCUCUCUCGCUGCCUCGCCUCAUGUCUGAGGGCUUUCUCUGCAGAGGCGGUUUCCUGUAUAUUGUUGUAUUGUCUUUUCAUAAACACUGACGAGGAGAUGAGUCUGAGGUUCCCCGUUUUUAACGAAUCCCAUCCGAUUCCUCUACCUGCUUUGUGUCACACAAAGAGUAUCAAUUCACUUAGUGAUCUUCUCUUUUUGCCUUCGGCGCAUGUAGAUCAUGGUGAACUGUACAGAGACUUUUCAGCCCCAAUAAUUCUGUGUACAUCUGCUCAGCCUAAUUCGUACACUCUGUAAUUAAAUGUAUGUUUACUUUGCAGUCAAUCAAAAUACAAAGCAUAUGAGGUGUACACACCAUUACAUGCUCAUCACACAGUUACAUUUCGAUUGUGAUUGUAACACGGUCACAUUGCAAAUGUUAAAACCAUCUCAUGACUGCGCAUAUUUAUAAAGUUCAUAUAAUUUUAAGUUUCAUAUGUCACAGAUUAUGAGUUGUAAUGUCUUCCCCAUGCAGUGAAAUUGCUGUCCCUCAAUGAAAAUGGGAACCUCGUGUCCCAACAAACUUAUAUAAAGCAAUACAGGAGUCCCAUAAUCUCACUCUUGUCUGCCUCACUUUACAUGAUGCAGAAUGUUAGUGAUAUUGUUAGCUAGGUAGCAACAAAUAUGAAGUAUUAAUUCACCUUCCAAAAAACAGCAUUUUUUUCGUUCUCAUCUAAGCGUUUAUUCCUCUUAUUUUUCAGGCGCACAGAUCAUUUUUGUAUUUCCAUUACCAGUAUGUAACUAUUUGUAACUUGAAAUACCAAAUCACUGAACACUUCUAGAGACUUUAAGACACUUUUCACUUUAUUUUAUGACCUUCCAUUUCUUCAUAGAGCUUUAGGUCUGUGGUCAAAAACAUGUUAAGUGUUUCAGUCCUUUUUCAGGGAUCACGUGAUGGUCCCUUCCAAUAAGCAGCCUAUAAUAGCUAUUAUCCGUUACAGGGUCAAACAAUUACUUUCUUGACCAGAGAAAACUCCGUAACAGAUACUGCAUUAUUUUAUUCUGAAAAGGAACCAGUCUAUUGUUUCUUCUUACAACUGAAUGAUAAAAUAUAUAAAUAUAGGCAGCAAACAUGGGCCACAUUUAGACCGCACUAAAAUUACAGCACAGUCAAGAAACACACUUGGUAGAGCUGUUUCUGUGGACCAAUCCAUCAGCCACCCAUGUAUUGCUGUGAUGAUAGUGGGGCGCAUAUUUGGUCUUCCAUUGGGGACAAUCUCAAAGGACAUACUAGCAUGUAAAAACCUGACUUAACCUUGAUUUCAGAGAAGUAAUGUCAAGAGCAAUUCUGGUGGCUGAUCCCUGCUGCACGCAGUGAGUUCAUCCCAUAUCAUUCCCUUUGUCCAUAUACCUUACCCACUGAGCCAAAGCAAACCUGGUGCCGUUGCAAACACCAUCUGAUUUCACUUUUCACCAUUGAGGGGUCCUUGCAACCAAUGUCCAGAUAGUUUGGAAGGUCAAGCAUUCUAUCAUGUAUGUGUACAGUUACUAUUCUGGAUCAGCUCAUGAACCUUUCAUCCUCUCCACUACAGUGUAGUCACUACACAAUAACAGAGGUCAGUCACUUGCCACAGUGACAGCAUGCGUUUAAUAACAGGAAACACAUAACCUUUUCCGCCAUCAGCUUAUUACAUUUUACCUUACAAAUAGUACAAUCUGAGAGGAAAAAAAAAACUGACAACACCAGGAUCAAGUUAAAAAAAAUUAAUGUGGGGAAUUGCCCACCAAGGUGGAACAUUCAUGAUCAGGAUUUCAUUAACAUUUUUUUUUAUUUUAGCAAAGACUAGCUAGAUAUGUUAACAUGUUUACAUUUGACACACAAAUGUCAAUAAUCAAAUCACAUCAAAUAACCUUCAUAUGUUCUUCCAUAAAGCACACUUCGGAGUAUGGUUCUUUGCCGUAUUAAAUGCAACAGGUAUCUGACUGAGAUAUUGCUCGCAUAGUCUGAAGACAGUGCAGAUGGUAUGCAUGCAACAGUUGAUUUUGGAUGUUGUCAAAUGAGGACAGGUUAGUUUGUGGCUUGAAAGAGGUUCGACUUGCAGGACUGUACUGGUUUGAAUGUGCCACUAUCUAGGAUAUUGCAGCUGCCAUAGGCUGCCAUACCCCAGUGACACCUCUUCUAAUGAGUAAUUACUCAAGAAAAUAAAGUAAACAACUAGCAUAACUACACCUUACCAUACGUAAAUGGAUUUUAAUUUAGAGUUGUGUUGUUUUCAGUAGCAGUUUAAAAACAACUAAUGCUGCCAUUGAAAUUAUACACAGUUAAUUCAAUGUAAGUGUUCAGCACCACAUGCCUUAUGUACAUCUUUAAUACAUCAUUAUUUUUCUCCUGUUGAAUGUUUGGACUAAACAGUCUGCCAGGCUUUCCGGCAGAUUUCAGGGGCAGAAACUCAUCCCCUCCGCAUUGUGCCCAAAAUACUACUGCGCCCCAAAUAUUCACAACCAAUGCCAUACAUUUUUUGGCAACUACCCACUGCCCCCUUACACUGGGCAAAGCGCUAGCACAAUCAGGAUAAAAAUUGCCAACUCAGCGCUGUUGGCAUUUUUGCCAACUGCGCUGACAUCAAGUUACCAAAAACAAAUACGCGGAGUGCGUUUUUGCCGACUGGGCCACAUCUGCGUCCCCGCAAAACCUCUCCCAUGACUAUUUAUUGUGCUCUGCUUGAAGGACACCUGAAACAUAUGUCAGGCAUCUCCACGGCAACCAUUUUUCUUCCAGCGUUGCGCUUAAUUACUGAAAUCUAAGUAAAAAUGACCCCCUGAGCACACACCAGAUCUCAGACUGAGAUCUCGUGUCAAAAUGAACAAUUUUUCCUGGAAUAUUUCUUGCUGUAUCUUACCAGAUCACCUUUUUCUAUCUUUUCCUACCAUCCAGAAGGAAGUGUUUGUAUGUAUUAAGACUCCUUGCUGAAGCUCACCCCUUACAGCUUUGUGAAUGAGAAGUAAACACUGGUGAUAACAACCCAAAAGCUGAAAUAACACCAUACACACACCUUCUGGCAGCACUCUUUAUAUUCAUUGUCAAGCAAAGCCGUCAGAAUUUAAAAUGUACACGUUUCCUGUUAAACACUUCCUCACAAUUACAGACACAAAGGAAUCACUUCAGCGCCAUAAAGUUUUAUUUCCAUUUUGUAUAGCACUAAGACCUAAUAAAUAAGUUUGAAAAACAAAGUAAACAAAUGUUAAAAUGAAAAAAGGUCUUUAGUACAAUUAUUUACACAACACGCAGUUGUUAAUCCGUUUUUGAAAGCAUAAAAGCUUGAACGGCUUUUAUUUUCCAACAUACUGAGACAGAAAAGGGUCUACUCGCGUAGUAUAUAAAAAAAGUCAAAUAAGCCUUCUACUGGCAAAUGCAAAGCAGCUACACACAAAGACAAAGACAAAUUAGAAAAGCAAAAGAACAUGAAAAUCACAACUCCUGCACUAGCUGCCGCCUCUUAACGGCAGAGACAUUCUGAAUACAGACAUAAAAGUUACUUGAAUGACAGGAUUCCUGUGUUGCACUGUAUGGCAAAAGGUCUAGCUGUUCCAUCACCCAAGUACAGUGAAGUAAGUGUCUUUUAGCAUCCUGGACAGAACAAAUGGAGUUAUUAAAAAAAAAAAAAAGACAGCAUGAUAU